UGCGCAUGUUGUCAUGGUAAUAUUGGAAAGCUACUUCCGCUAAGAAAAAGUGAAAAAGAUUAAAAUUUGAACGCAAAAAGUCAUAUAUUGCCUGUUUUACCACACAGAGAAGCAUAGCUUAUAUACAGAUAUGAGUACUCUAAAUCAGGGAAGAAACGAAAUCAGAUUCAACAAUUCAAGCGGUAAAUGCUUGCUUGAAAAUUGGGUUGAAGAGCGCAAUGUUCAUGAUCUGGACCCACAGGAUCUAAAUGGCGAUGGAACAAGUGGUGCAAAACACUUCAAAGAUGGCCAUAGAGGAGUUUUGACAACAAACUUUGAUGCCAAGGCAGAGUCUGUGACGACUAUACGAGAGUCAUAUCAAAAACCAGUUCCUCCAAAUGUGAGACAAAAAGGAUCCAAGGCAGAGGCAUUAGAGCAGAUGUUAUAUGAACAAGUCAGCCAAGAAGUGCACAAUGAGUUCAAUCCUCCUCCAGCCCCAACAGAGUUCAAGUCUGUCACUCAUAAAGAUUUCAACAUUGACACCUUUGAAUCUAAGAAACCAGCACCAACAGCUGUUGUCUGCCAUCUUUAAUGAUUUCCAAUGCCAAGGAUCCCCCCGCAAUCUAAAACCUCACAAUUUCCAGUACCUCAUAACUCAAAUCUCAAUAGAUUUGUGUCUCCUAUAGAAGCUACCUUCUAAAUGAAAAGAAUCAUGACUAUAAAAAGGAACAACCAGUUUCAUUCUGGUCUGAGCACGCUAACAAAAUACACGGAGUGUCACAAACAGCUACUAAAGACACACCAUUUAGGAAAAAUGACGCUUUUAGCCAACCUAUUGAUGAAUAUUGGGAUGCAGAAAAACCAUAUGAUAUACAAAAUUAUCCAAAAAUGUAGUUUGAAAUAAAACUAAAAACACAUAAUAAUGAUGAGAGGAUGUAUUGUGAUUUCAAACUAAUAAAAACAUUAUUUGAAAAAUAUGAUAUAUUAGUUUAGGAGAAUCAAAGUGAGGUCUCGGCAUCUGAGACAAUAAAAAAGAGACAAUAUGUAAAGGGGCACUGAUUAUCAUCUUUUAAAUGUACAUACUGCAAUGUGUAUAGUCAUUGUAUAUAUCUACAGUAUUAAUAAAUAAUAGUACUGUAUGUAGAGAAUAUAUUUGGGGUGAAAUUAUCACAAUGUUCGUAAUUGAUGGAAAUAAAAUUGUAUAAUUCUCUAACUAAAUAUUUACUGAAUGGUACUCAUGUUACUGUG